AUGACAAACGCAUCCUCGCCUCUUCUCCGCCUGGCCUUGUGCCUCGCCGCGCUUGUCGCCCUCGCCUCGGCGGACGGGACGGGCAUCUGGGCGACGCCCCACGACAGCUACUCGUCCUCGAUCGGCGUCCUGGGGUGCAAGAUCAACACGAACCGGGUGGCCUACUGGCCCAUGAGCGUCGAUUGCAACAACAUCUGCGUCAGGCUGAGCUUAGGAGACCGCUCCGUGCAUCUUUUGCGCAUCGACCAGUCUGGCGGUGCUUAUGAUGUUAGCUAUGACGCGUGGAACUACCUGCAGACGGGCAAGUCCGCCUCCAAGGAGCCAAUCGCCGGAGGGGCCGUCGCCAUGACCUAUGAGGACGCGGACGCGUCCAGCUGCAAGGACCUCAUCCACACAGACGGGCUGCCGCUGAGCGCCGCCAACAGCAUGAACUACCUCGCGAGCUGCCUGGGGGAGUCGGGCAGCUGGGUCGGGCAGAACCACGUGCUGUUCAACAUCGCAGACUCGGUCUGCUCGCUGGGCUAUGAUGAGAAGUGCAAGCUGGAUUGGGGGUCUGGGCAGAACCAGGCCACUUGUGAUCACACGCUUGGCUCGCAGGCCGAGCUGACAUCGGAUCCUGUGUAUAAUAUUCGAUACCCGACUGGAGAAAAGGUCCUGGCUUCUACUGGUCAGGCGGUAGAUAGCGGCGCUGGGAGUAUUCGAGAGGGGCUGGCGGACCUUUCUCUGUGGCGAUUUGAGGUGCUUACAGGUUUUGCCGCCUUCUUUGUUGCUGGUAUAUAUUUAUAG